AUGGGAGAAGAAUAUAAACUCGAAGUACUAGGGGACCAUGGAAAAAUCAUACUUAACAUUGGAAAAGAAAAUGAAAGGACAGUCUACUUCAUAAUGCAAUGUAAAAUGACAAAAGAAGCACCACACGACGAAAUAAUGAAAUUACAAGGAGCAAUAGGAAGCCGACAGAAUACGAUAGGGAUAUACGUAUACGGAGGAAAAAUAAAUGAAGAAAAAACAGAACCACUGAUAAAAACAUCAGAAAGUAUCGAAAACGACAAUAUGCGCAGAAAACUUAGAAAACGGAAAAGACCAACUCAGAAAAUGGCAGAAACAGACUCAGAAAGUCAAGAAUCAGAAAUAAAAUACGACAAUAAGAGACGAGAAAGCUCUAACUAUAUUUUCAAAAAUUCAAGCGAAGAAGAAACAAGUGAAGAAGAAAUAAUAUUCACAAAAUCAAAACUAAAAGAAGUCUUGGAAAAAUUAGAAGACCGACUUAAGAAAAAUACUCGAAGGAAUACACAGAAAAGUAAUAGGAAAAGAAGGAAAAACAAUCACAAACUUCUUAAGAAUAAAGGACCAGAUAAUAACAAACGAAGAAUCAAAGAAUAUAAAAAAGCUAAUUGA